AUGAGUCUUUAUUACUCUCCUUCGCAGUCUCGCCAAUCUCACAACAGCUACGGUAGCGCCACGGAUCCGGGACCAACAUUUCGUCUUACCUGCGUCAAUGUGAAUCACGUUACAUACAAUUAUCUCAUGGAGAACGCAUCGCCCACUACCGCAGAUAGUGCCGGAUACAAUUACGCAAAUGGAUGUGGAGGAUCCUUACCUUGCUAUCAAAGUUUGACGUCUACAUUGCAACAGCCUCAGGAUGACUCCGGUGGACCAGGAGUUCGACCCUAUUCAUUGCCGUCGUCUUGUGAAUCGCCCAUGUCACUUCCUGCAUUCUCUCCGCCUAAUCAGACUUUCCUUGGACAUCAAGACCACUACCAACAACAGCCGUUCCCAGGGACCCAGGUUUUCCACGACGAAGUGCCCCCAAUCACGUCAUCUUCCAUCUCCUCUGCUAUUGAUGAUUUUAACCUAGAUGAAGACUUCUCUCUUGAUCUGGCGGGAGCCGGCAGCUCAGAAGAUGAUGAGGAAUCUAGCAGUGGGGACACAAUCUCAAAUAAACCAAGGAAGGAACGAACUGCUUUUACCAAACAGCAGAUACGUGAGCUAGAAAACGAAUUCGCCCACUCAAAUUACUUAACGCGACUACGUCGUUACGAAAUUGCGGUUGCUCUUGAUCUUACGGAAAGGCAGGUUAAAGUAUGGUUCCAAAAUCGGCGGAUGAAGUGGAAACGAACAAAAGGUGGCAGUCCUUCGAUCAAGCAAAAGAAAGAGUCCAUCAAGUCUAAACAUUAAAAUUAAAGAUCAGUGACGGGUUG